AUGCUGGUCAAAGUUGUCGUCUUUAGUUCUCUUGGGUGCGACCUCGAGCCACAUUCCAACGAACCAUACUUAGCCACAUCUCUUCAAGACUUCUGGGGUCGCCGUUGGAAUCUGAUGGUUCCGACGAUUCUCCGACCUGCAGUUUACACCCCAAUACGACAAGUCGCUGAACGGAAACUGAACUCCGAUUGGUCUCAGUUUCUAGCGUAUUUGGCCACAUUUACAGUUUCCGGCGCAGUUUACCAGCUGAUGUUUUUCUAUGUAACCCGUGAGUUGCCUACAGGAGAAGUUACUCUGUUCUUUGUCUUUAAUGGGGUUUGUACUGCGGCGGAGGUGGCCGUGAAGAAGAGGUUUGCGCGGAGGCGGUGGAGGAUGAGUACGGUGGCGUCACGGCUGCUCACGGUCGGGUUUGUGGUUGUGACUGGUGGCUGGCUGUUUUUCCCUCCGCUUGCAAGGAGGGGCAUCAUCAAGAAAAUUGUUAACGAAGCCUUGUUGGUCAAUGACCUUGGAGGACUUAUUAAAUUUGUACAUUUAGAUUCUAUUUAA